AAGAAACUACCAAACUGCCCUGCAAAGUAGCCACAUCAUCUUGCAUUCCCACCAACAGUGAAUGAGAGUACCUGUUGAUCCACAUCCUUGUCAGCCUUUGGUGUUGCCAGUGUUUUGGAUUUUGGCCAUUCUAAUAGAAGUUUGGGAAGUUGAUGAACAGAUCAAGAAGCAGCAGGAAACACUUGUGAGGAAAGUCACAUCCAUCUCCAAGAAAACUGUGAUUAAGGAAAAAGUCAUUGAAUGUAAAAAAGUUGCAAAAAUAUUUCCUCUGAGUUCAGAUAUUGUUACUUCAAGACAAAGCUUCUAUGAAUGUGACUCACUUGUUAAGGGUUUGGAACAAAAUUUAGAUUUACUUAGUUGUGAGAAAGGCUGUGUAAGAGAGAAAAAUUAUGAAUGUAAUGAGUAUGGCAAACCUUUUUAUCAUUGUUCAUCCUAUGUUGUAACCCCCUUUAAGUGUAAUCAGUGUGGACAAGACUUCAGUCAGAAAUUUGACCUCAUCAGACAUGAGAGAAUUCAUGCUGGCGAAAAACCUUAUGAAUGUAAGGAAUGUGGAAAAGCCUUCAGCAGGAAGGAAAAUCUUAUCACACAUCAGAAAAUUCAUACUGGGGAAAAACCAUAUAAGUGUAAUGAAUGUGGAAAAGCUUUCAUUCAAAUGUCAAACCUCAUUAGACACCAAAGAAUUCAUACUGGAGAGAAACCUUAUGCAUGUAAGGAUUGUUGGAAAGCCUUCAGUCAGAAAUCAAAUCUCAUUGAACAUGAGAGAAUUCACACUGGAGAAAAACCCUAUGAAUGUAAGGAAUGUGGGAAAUCUUUCAGCCAGAAGCAGAAUCUUAUUGAGCAUGAAAAAAUUCAUACUGGGGAGAAACCUUAUGCAUGUAAUGAAUGUGGUAGAGCUUUUUCUCGAAUGUCAUCUGUUACUCUACAUAUGAGAAGUCACACAGGGGAGAAGCCCUAUAAAUGUAAUAAAUGUGGAAAAGCUUUCUCUCAGUGCUCAGUAUUUAUUAUACAUAUGAGGAGUCAUACAGGUGAGAAACCCUAUGUAUGUAGUGAAUGUGGGAAAGCCUUCUCUCAGAGUUCUUCUCUUACUGUACAUAUGAGAAAUCAUACAGCUGAGAAACCCUAUGAAUGUAAUGAAUGUGGAAAAGCCUUCAGCCGGAAAGAAAAUCUUAUUACACACCAGAAAAUUCAUACUGGAGAGAAGCCUUAUGAAUGCAAUGAAUGCGGGAAAGCUUUUAUUCAGAUGUCAAACCUCAUUAGACACCAGCGAAUUCAUACUGGUGAAAAACCCUAUGCUUGUACGGUGUGUGGAAAAGCCUUUAGUCAGAAAUCAAAUCUCACUGAACAUGAGAAAAUUCAUACUGGAGAGAAACCUUAUCAUUGUAACCAGUGUGGAAAAGCCUUCAGUCAGAGACAAAAUCUCCUUGAACAUGAAAAAAUCCAUACUGGAGAGAAACCAUUUAAAUGUAAUGAAUGUGGUAAAGCCUUCUCUCGGAUAUCCUCCCUUACCCUUCAUGUGAGAAGUCAUACUGGGAGAAACCCUAUGAAUGUAGUAAAUGUGGAAAAGCCUUCUCCCAAUGCUCAUUACUUAUCAUACAUAUGAGAAGUCAUACUGGGGAGAAACCAUUUGAAUGUAAUGAAUGUGGGAAAGCAUUUUCUCAAAGAGCAUCACUUUCUAUACAUAAGAGGGGUCAUACAGGUGAGAAACGCCCCCAAUACUAAAUGAAGAAAGGCCUCACAUAUUAAA